ACAGUGAACAUACAGUGGGCAUGGUGUGCUGCUGCCCAAGAUCUCUCGCUUCACGUCCCCUCGACAAUACAAUAUACAUAUGGCCUUUAACUCGUCCCUUGAUCAUUCCAACUGAAGAACCCGUGGGAUAUGAUACAAUGAUACUGCCUCCAAGAAUAUUUAUAAUGGGGUUUAUCAAAUUCUUUCACCUUGCUGUGAAAUUAUCAAACAUGUAUAUGUUUGUGCAUGCGGACCAUCCAUCAAGUCACACAAAGAAAGAAACAGGAAACGGAAGAAUGAAUCGACGGACAAUCUUCAGUAACCACUCCCUACCUUGCCUUCCCGGCGUCGCUACUGUUACAAUGGCGCGAAGAACUGCUGCAGGUACUAUCUGCUUAUUUCUGAUUAUACUGACGUGCACGCCCGUCCUGAGCCUGGGUGUGAUGGGCGGGGAGUACCCGGUUGUGCCGUGGGAGGACAUGCGGGAAGAAGUGGAAGAGAUGUUGGACAACAUGAAUCAAUGUGUGCGGGAGGAGUCCCUCUGCUGGCACAAUAACACCAAAGCAGCAGCCAUCCUACACGAUUCCCAUGAAUUGUGCAAGCCGUGCUGGUGCGACGAGGCUUGUUUCAUCUACGGUGACUGCUGCAGGGACAAGGCUCAGGCGGACUGGGGCGACAGACUAGAGAACAGCGGCCGAUACAUUUGUGGCAGGAUGAAAUUUUCGGAUAAAAGGGGGCUACUGAUGGUGAACUCCUGUCUACCAGAGUACAUCGACCGGCCAGUCCAUCACCUGUGUUCUCGCCAGGUGCCUGAAGAGUCGUACAGCUACACGUUAGACGUGCCUGUCACCUCCCGCACGACCAACACCACCUACGUCAACUACCACUGUGCCGUGUGUAACAAAGACGCUGACGACCUCCACUCGUGGAACAUCACCAUCAAGUGCAACACCAAACAGAUCAUGAAGGAGUAUAAGCAUGGAGAGUUCAUAAGGGUUGCCAGUACCACCCAAAGGGAUUGCGGCAGUGGCCGGACGCACAGUACCGGCUACCGGGGACGACGAGGAAAAAACGACACACCCCUUGAGGUCAUCAACUGCUACCUCGAGGUGGCCGAGUUCGAGAAGCCAGAAAUGUUUCCUGAGAUGUAUGGUGGGCGUCUGUGUGUGUACCCGAGGGGCAAGUGUCUCACCCAGUUCCGAGGCAGAGAGAAGAACUGCAAGGAGCAAGUGCGAGACUGUGACCCAGCUUGGCCUAACCAGCUGGAUAAAGAGAAGUGUCGCCGAUACUCUCAAAUGGUUCAGUAUAAAGAUGGUAAUCUUGUGACCGUCUUUAAGAACCCACACUGUGCCAAAUGUAACUUUAUCAAUGUGUCGUCCAGUGCGCUGUCGUGUUUGCCUCCUCAGAAAUAUAACAAGUGUGUAUCGAUUAGGAGGCCUCCGAUCAGUUUCCCUCUGUGCUUUUCAGUGCUAAUGGACUUUAGGGAAGACAACUGUAAUGCUGCUGAUGAACUGUGGGAUCCCAUUCACCUGACAUGUAAGAAAAUUUAUUGCGGGCAGCUCUAUAAACUAGAAAAUGGGGAAUGUGUGAAGGACCUGGUAGCCUACCGCUCCGUAGAAAAUUCCACCUUACUCGAUCAGGCGUGUCCAAAGAUAAUGCUUUUUGAAAAUGAGUACAUUUUUCGAGAUGAUGGCUCUGUGCUUGUCAAUGCCUCACAGAAAGUAUACAAGACUGGUGAAUACGAAAUAUUCAGUGAAAAUUUUUUAUUAAUCUGCAAUGAUCACUAUCAAUAUACAGCUGGGUUCACAGAGGUACAUCAGCUGCUGACUCUCAUUGUGUUGCUCCUCUCAUUGACUGGGCUAGCACUACACAUUAUAAUCUUCCUCCUGGUGCCACGCUACAGGAACCUACCAGGAAAAAACCUUUUCUGCCUCAGUUGUUGCCUCUUUGUUGCACACCUCAUCUUCCUUACAGGAAUGAGAGCAACCUUUAACCAUGAAGUUUGCGUUUUCAUUGCUGCCACUCUGCAUUACUUUUGGCUCGCUUCCUUCUGCUGGAUGAAUGUUAUGAGCGUUGAUGUGUGCCGUACAUUCACCAGUCAGCUCUACAGGGGCGACAUAGAUGCUCGUCGAACCUACAUAUUGUACUCCUUGUAUGCCUGGAGCAUCCCUGCGCUGGUUGUUACAUUAUCGCUCAUCAUUGAUAACGUUAAUGCAUUACCAGACUAUCAGCCUAAGUAUGCAACUGAUAUUUGUUGGAUUAAUAACCGCUAUGGUCUGGGACUGUUCUUCCUUCUUCCGGUUGGAACCAUUGUCCUAGAGAACACCAUCCUCUUUUUUGUUACGUCUCGCGAGAUAUACAAGCAGGCCAAGGCAGCAAGGUAUGCAAACACCCGUUCCCAGAGUGUUAAGGAAGGACACGUGGUUCAUGGAACCAACAACACUACUGAGAAGAUCCAGAAGCAAGGCCUUCCCAAGCAGAUGACACAGAACCGGAGGAGCUCAAAGGAGCGUGUGCGUCUAAUACUGUACGUUAAGCUUGGGGUGAUUCAAGGUCUCUCCUGGAUGACAGGCUUUGUGGCUGUGUUCGCUAACAUCCCAGCUUUCUGGUACCCUUUCACUGUCUUCAAUGGUCUUCAGGGAGCUUUUAUAUUCAUAGGAUUUGACAUGAAGAAAAAGGUUGGAGAGGCACUAUGGGAGGCACUGAUGAGGAAGCCUUGGAAAGACUACAGAGGUUCCAAAGAUACCCGCAUCACCACCGCUGGUCAGAGCUGUUCCAGUCAGAACCGGUCAUCAAGAUCAUACAGUCCACAACAAUCCAGAAGCCGCAAGACAUCGGCCUAUCAAGGACCCACUAAAGAUUCGGUGCAAGCCCCCUACCAGCCAAGUUACUCUGAACGAUCUUCCUCAGGCCAAGUUGAAAGUGUAAGAAAUGGUGAUUUGCAAGCAAGUGUGGUGAAGGGGAGAUUUGGUGAAAUGGCUGCAAAUGAUAGUAAACCACAUUUUGGACUUAACUGUUGCUCCACUGGCCUACAGUCACCCAGCCAAGAUGUCAAGAAACAACCGACUGAGCAUCAAAAGAAUAAACCAAGCCUGCAGCGUGUGAUGGAUCUCCUUCACCAGCUGCAGCGAUCCAAGAACUCUGUGGAUUUACCAGACUUGGUUCAGCAGCUUCUGUUGCGAAGUGGAGAAAGUACAGACGACUGGCAGAAUUCCUCCGCACUUCUCAAGUGUAAGAGUUUCACAGAGGGCACCAAUCCAGUAGUGCAGGAAGAACAAUAUACUGCACUUGCUGCCAGACUCAAGCAUGGGUUUAUCGCUCAGUUUGGUUAUACAGUGGUACCCGAGUUUCGAACCGCUCCCAACUUGAACAAUUAUCUUCUGGAGUACUCCACAGAGUGCCCAACCAUCCACAGCCUAAUCACUUCACAUGCCCAUAAACCACAUCAAGAAGCCCAGCAGAUACAAAAUGUGGUUACCGGGCCCAGUAUAGUUUCUAGGGAAGGAUUGAAUCCACUAGCAUCAGUAUCCAUGACUGAUCACUACAAGCAGCCUGAACCUCUAGCAAACACAGUCAACAGUUCCCACAGUGCAAAGUUCUGCUCCACCACUAAUCCUUUUCUUCCACAAUUGUUUACUAAUGCUGAGUUAAAUUAUAAUCAAUACAAGCGAGAACAGGCACAGGAAAAUGUGGACCCUCCACAAAGAAGGCCCAAGUCACAAUCUUUUUCCCAGGUAUUAAUACCGAGUAAUAUUUCAUGAAAAUUAUUUAAAUAUAUAAGGAUGGCUCAACAAUAACUUGUUAAGAUAUUGUAAUGCCUGUAAAAAUCAAGAUAAUCCUUCAAACCAGCAGCCACUUAAAAAUUCCCUCAAUCUCUUCAAUCUUUGGUCAUUGUAUUGAGUUUUCUUUCUCAUAGUUCAUUUUGUAUUUUUUUUUUUUUUGUCCUAAAACAGUACUGAUAUAUUAAUUUCCAACUUGUCUGUUUCAAUUCAUAAUUUAGACAACUAAGGCAA